AAAGAAAAGACGAAUGUCAAGUCAACGAUCAAAAGGAAUUCCACUCUACGAUUAAAUCAGCGAAUUUUCUAUCCCUUAGACGGUCGUGGCCAUGGCUGCAUAGUCAGAAUUCGCGGGUAAAUUCUGAAAAUCGAAGGUGUCCACAGCGAUGAGCAUAUAAACAUGGAAUCGCUUCAACGCGAUGCCUAUGAUCAGCAUUACGACUACGUGGUACUUUCACUCGAAUUCUCGGGUUUUUUUCGCGCCGGGUUUCUGUGUAUGAAACAGGAUAGAGAGAGAGAGAGAGAGAGAGAGAGAGAGAGAGAGAGAGACCAGUGUAUCGUUCCGUUAAAACACUCGGCACGAUAGAUUUCCGUGGGCAAAACAGUUAAAGGAGGCCGCGCAAAAACGCAGCAGCGUUGGCAGCCAUUGAAAAAGGGGGCAGGAUCGAGCGGAGCGAUCGAGCAGCUGCCAGGAUUCGGAUCCCGAUCCUCCGAAGGGCCGCGUAAACGCGCAUCAGGGACUCAUUCCCUCGUCCGAGAUUCGUCUGGAACGCAGAAAGAGGGGUGGGUAAGUAGGGUGAGAACGAUGAUCGCAGAGGGGAUGGGUGGCCGUGUGGAACAGCAGUCUGGCCAGUUGAUUACGAUGCCGAAACGAGUGGCGGGCCAUCUCUCCAACCAGUUUCGGACAGUGUCUUCGGGUCGAACGAGGCCUGUGUAGUUUGGUGGAGAGACGCCAGGCUUCUUUGGCCGCUGCUCGUCGAACGAAGACCGAUAGAAACGAGGGGGAAAAGGUAAGAAAGGAAGAAGGAAAGAAAACGUGGACGAAGAGGAGACUCAGAGCGAAGGAGAGUGAGAGAAGCAGGGAGAGCAGCAGCAGCAGCAGCAGCAGCGGCAGCGGCAGCAGCAGCAGCGAGCAGCCAGCAGCGCAAGAAGAGACGGAGGAGGCGACAGCCGAGCUUAAGUUUCGGUUUCGUUCGUUUCGCGCCUGCUCCGCGUCGAACGGGAGCCGAGAGUGAGCGCGGCGGAGAGAGAGAACCGGCGUACGAGAGAGCGAGAAGAGCUGCACCAUCGGAGUAACGGAGAAAGCGAGAGAGAGGCGUCGUCCGAGCAAACGAGACGCAGCAGGCUGGUAGAAGGAGAGAAUCGGAGAGAUAGGAAAAUGGGAUAGGAAGAAGAGAGAAGGAAAAGCGAUUGGUGGCGGUGGAGGCGGCAGGAGGGCGAAGAGAGGACGAGUGCAACGCGUGAGUGAAAGACAGAACGCGGCAGCCAGGGGUUGGAGAGAGAGAGAGAGAGAGAGAGAGAGAGAGAGAGAGAGGCGGCAGUCGAGGCGAACAGACUUCGCCGGCGCUCUGCUCCCAAUAACGACUCUCGCCCUCGGUCAGUCGCGCGCGAACCGCGGAGCCGCGAGCAUCUCUCCGUUUCUCUCUCGCUCUGCUCUCGGCAGGAUACCUACGUUUCGAGCCGCGUGCACGUGCGAACCCGGGGGACGCGAGAGCGUAACGGAGCGAGGGAUCGAGUCGAACGUGUACACAGGGGGCUUACUCGAGUCCGGUCGCCGCUCGAACGAACCACGCUGCUCGCGGAUUCCUGAUCUGAAGAGCGACAGGUGAACGAAAAUCUGGCAGGCUCGACCAGCAUUGUCCGCACGUCUCGCACGAUUGUACGCCGUUCAGAGAGACAUGUCGGUGCUUACGGGGAAUCGCAGCUAGAAGGUAAUUAAAACGAUAGCAAGGGCAGACGAUACAGCGAAGGGAAGGAAGAUGGAACGGUCCGUUUGCGAAUGUUCAGCCACGUAGGACAUUGACUGACUUGCGCGAGAUUCUCGGGGGAAGAUCGGUGCUACAUCGAAUCGAAGAAGCUCGUGGCGAGGGUGAAAAGGGACGGAUAAAGACUGUCUGGACAGGGACUGGAUCCCGGGGGAGUCUGCCGUCGAGGAGAAGAAACGACUUGGUUUUCGGGGUUAUCUCAUGGUGGGAUUGUCGCGGUAUCGACGUGGUAAUCGCGCCGCGAGUGGUGCUCGCUGCAUCCGGAGAUACAGGCAGCUGGUGAUCGAGUGAGAGAAGAGAAGAGCGGAAAGCGGUCGCACAAAGUGACAAGCGGCAGCGAGCGCGUGGUAUAUAAAAGUGCGAACUGGUGGAGCGCGCGCGCGAGCGCGACCGAGCGAGUUACCGGGCGGUUCGAGGCUGCCAGUGGCCCGCGGACCAAGAAGAAGAAGAGGAAGAAGAAGAAGAAGAAGAAGAGGUUGAAACAGAGGAAGACGGAGAGGAAGAGGAAGAGGAAGGGUGGGAGAGGUGCACACACCAUAGAGGACAACGCUGUUGCUAUUUUCGAGCCCGCCAAAUAUCUCGACGCACGGUGCUGCUCGGUGCUGUCUGCGCUGGCCGUGCUACGCUCUUUCUUCGGCCCCGUCCACGUUCCUCCAAAGCGCAGCGAUUCUGCGCCGAUGACGCAUGGCCCUGACCAAACAGGGGGACAGAAAGAGAGAAAGAGAGGGAAAGAGCGUGAAAGAGAAGCCACACGCAGAGCGGGAGAAGGAGCGAGAGAACGGCGUGUAUGACAGGUUGACCGUUCGAAUGACAUUCGUUUGAACGGUCGUGAGAGUCCUCCCACGAGGAAGAAUCCCGGCUAGAGGGUGCGAACGGAGGGUGCUAGGACAGGGUAGGAAGACGGAAGAGAAGAGGACAGCGUAGCGGAACGAAGCGUCGAUCGAUCGCCGUAUGAUAUAAUGGCAGGAGAGGACACUCAGAUCCUGGCGAACGGAAACGUCGAAGCGCUGACGAUAAUUCCACCGAAAAUGGCGAACGGGAAUGGACUGAUUUGCGGGAAGCAGCACAACAACAACGGCUCGAUACCAAACGGGAAGUUACACGAAAUCGGUGCAGCUGAAAACGGAAAGCUGAUAAUGUCUGACGAGAAAUCGAGCAGUCUUCACACGGAGUUCGACGACGCGGACGUGUCUUGCGGCUGGGGCCCGUGCAGGCCACACUGGCUUCAGUAUUUCGCCACGAAGCAGGCCUUCCUGGUCACCUUCUGCAUCACCUGGGUCCUCCAGGGAAUGUACUACACGUACUUCGUCUCGGUGAUCACGACGAUCGAGAAGCUGUUCCAGAUUCAGUCAAAGACCACCGGUAUUAUAAUGUCAGCGACGGAGAUCGGCCAGAUCGGUUCCUCUCUCCUGCUUACGUACUACGGGGGCCAAGGUCACCGGCCUAAGUGGAUCGCUUGGGGCAUGAUCCUGUUCGCAGUGAGCUCGUUCACCUGCUCGAUGCCCCAUUUCAUCUUCGGUGAACAGCUGAUCCAUCAGAACGAGAUGUUUUUCAGCGGUUUCGAGGGUGGCGACCCAAACAACACCCAUCCUAUUCCCGCGAAUCUUUGCAAACUGCAAGAACGAUCAGAGAACGCUACGCUGGAUAGUUGGAUCUCGUCCACGACGCCGGCUCAAAUGAAUACGAUGAAUUACUGCAAGGGUGACUCGUUGACGGAGCAGAGGAUACAAAGUAAAAUAACUACAGUGGUCCUGGCUAUAUUUUUUGUCUCCUUGUUGGGCGUUGGAAUGGGUCAGACGGCAGUCUACACCCUUGGUAUUCCUUAUAUCGACGACAAUGUGGCCAGCAGAGAAAGCCCACUCUAUUUCGCGAUUACGAUCGGAGUGAGGAUCCUCGGACCAGCCCUAGGCUUCAUUCUAGGCUCAUUGUGCACGAUGAUUUACGCGGAUUUGUCGGCGAAUCCGCAAAUCACGCCGACGGAUCCAAGAUGGGUGGGAGCAUGGUGGCUUGGUUUGGUGCUAAUAUCCGCCAUGCUGAUGCUGGUCAGUAUAGGAAUGUUCGCAUUCCCGACGCGACUGCCCGCGAGCAGAACACCGCCGAAACGGGCGGAUGCGAAAAAGCCUAGUCUCCGAGACUUCCCUAAAGCGGUGAAGAGGCUGUUGAAGAACGACAUUCUUAUGUUCCGGACGGCCAGCAGCGUGCUGCACAUCCUACCGAUCGCCGGCCUCUACACCUUCCUGCCAAAGUACCUCGAGAGCCAAUUUCGCUUGCCAGCUCAUCAUGCGAACAUGAUCUCAGGUGUCGGUGGUAUUUUAGUAAUGGGUCUGGGUAUUAUAAUUAGCGGAGUGUUUAUCCUGAGGGCAAAGCCUAACGCCAGGUUCGUCGCAGCCUGGAUCGCCUUCACAGCGAUAGUUUACGCGAUCGGCAUGGGCGUGCUGAUGUUCAUCGGUUGCCCGAUGGACGAUUUCGCUGGUCUCGUUUCGCAUUCCAACGGAUUGUCCAGCUUCGAGCCGGUCUGCGAGGCUACCUGCGACUGCGUUCGGAACAAAUUCAGUCCGAUUUGCAGUGCCGAUGGGAAAACUUAUUUUUCCGCGUGUCACGCGGGUUGUUCCAAUUACACGGUCGUCGAUGGCAAGGUAGCUUCGUUUUACAACUGCCAGUGCAUCGGGACGAAUCUAACGACACCGGAAACGACCAACACCGCGACGAUCGGUUACUGCGAGCUCGAGUGCAGUAACUUUUGGGUUUAUAUGAUCCUGUUCUCGGUGUUCGUUUUCAUCCACUCGACCAGCGAGGUGGGCUCCAUGCUGUUGAUCUUACGGUGCGUGGAUCCACGGGACAAGGCGAUGGCUUUGGGGCUUAUACAAUUCGCCAUCGGCCUCUUUGGUAACGUCCCGUGUCCAAUCGUUUAUGGUGCUGUGGUGGACUCCGCUUGUCUCGUAUGGGAAUACGCUUGCGGCGAGCGAGGUGCCUGCUGGCUUUACGACUCGAAUGUCUUUAGAAUGUUCUAUCAUGGUACCACAGGCGGAAUCCUGAUUCUUGCGUUCGUGGUGGACAUAGUGGUGUGGUACAAGGCAGGGAGCAUUAGCUUCGUGGAGGAGCAGGACGUGGAGGAGGGCACUGUCGAAGAAAUGGCCACCCUGAAGUCGCAGGACGCGCAAGCGGUGGACAACGACUAUUUGUGAAAGAGUCCCGGCCGACUUCGAUGGUAUCUCAUCAAGCACAGGCCUGAAUCUAGCGUCGUAAACCGGGACAAAGCGUGACGAGCCGUUCCUAGCUGACGAGAACUCGGUGCCAGUAGCACGCCGGAGGUUUAAGACCGGGGCGAUCUUCGCGUGUCACAUUCGCCGGCCGUUUUUCUUUUUUUUUUUUUCUUUUUUUUCGAUGGGUUUCGUUUUUGGAAACCUACGGCUAGAACCCGGUUGCCUCUUUAACGACGUGCAGGAGCAAGGAUUCAAGAGGGAACGACGACAGUGGUGUUCGCGUCGAUCGCCUUUCGAAACUCGAAGGGAGUCCAGAAUCAAGAUGAGAUAGGACGACGAAUGAACUGUCGAAGGAGGCGGUGCUCGGCCACGGAAAUGCCCGUAGUUUCCGAAAAGGCUGUGCCGAGGUUUCGAACAAGUGCAUCGAGGGACGAAGAAAGAAACGUGUAAGAAGAAAAGGGGACAAGAAAAUGGGGAUCGAUGAUCAACGACUUGAUUUUUCUUGAGAAUGUGGUUCUUGGAGACGCGAAGACGCGCCAUGAAGAAAAGAUCUUCCUGGUUGGUAUCAAAGAGCAACGAUUUGAAUUUAGAGACAAAGCGGUACGAGAUACAUCCGGAGGAGUGAGAGAGAAAGGGAGAUAUGGAGUAGAAACGUCUGGUAGUAUACGAGAAUUUUCGUGUUUGGAGAAGGGACAGUGGGAUGAAGGAAAAUGCGUAACGAUGACCAAUACGGAUAACGGAAUCGAUACGGCACGCGAGGUUCUCGGAUCUUGGGCGAGCUUCUCUUAGGCACUACCGUCCGUGUUUCACUCUGCAGAUACAACUAGGCGUAGGCAAACUGUACGUACAAGCGAUUUACGAUGUGUGUAUGUGUGUCGGUAAUAUUUGUCUGGAACGAAAUACGCGGUAUAUCUCGUUGUUUUUGAAAGAUCAUAAGGAUACGUUAAGAAUGGAAAAAAAGGGGAGAGAAUCUGGGAGCGAAUGGGGAAAAUAAGAAGAAUACAUAGGACAUAUUUUUUAGAUGAUUUGACGAUGAAAAUCUGGGCGAUAAAGAGAACAAAAAGUAACGUUAAUUAUUAAUAUUAAAGCAUUAGCAGAUACGACACACAGGGAGAAGAGCGACGACACAAACGAAAGAAAAAAGAAAAGAAAAAACAAAAAUAAAAUAGAAUGCAAGAGAAAAGAAAUAUGGAAGAAAAAUGAAGUUAAGGGGGGAAAAAGGCGGAUAAUCGAGAGCUGUAUUUUAAUAUGAUACAUUUUACACACUCGUGAGACACUCGUCAAUGUAUGCGCAUCUGCCGCCUGUGCUUCUAGUGCUUUGAGCGUUCAUUGUUUCUGAGUCCUUUUGAAUGGUCAACCUGAUCGUAUAUCAACCUUUUGUAUGUGUAAUAUUUCCCGUAGUAGUCUCUCUGUAGACUUCGAAAGAUCGACCGUAAUAUCUCGGUUCCAAUGUUCCAACAAUAAAUUCGAAUUAAUUUCUAAUCGAAUCCAACUAAAACAUAUUUUUUAAAUUGGUAAAUUACUAUUGCAGUAAUUGCUGAUGGAGUUUCAUAAUCAAAGGGUUAGAUGGACGAUCAGUGUAUUAGAUAGCUGCUGAUAUAAGGCAGCGAAACAAGAAAGAAAAACAAGAAUUGUUUUACGGAGGGUAAAAGCAAGAAAGGGUAAAAUUAAAAAUACGCGUUUAAGGUACGCAUUAACCGCUAUGAAGUUUGCGAAUUAUUCGAUUCAGGGGCAUUGCUAAUAUAUUACAUCAUUUUACGUUUGCUUCAAGGAACGUUUGGCUGACAGCUAAAUUCCGUCAGAGUUGGAUGAUACGAAAGGGAAAAAGAACCAGUUCCAUUAUUCAAAGGAAAAGUCAGAUAAUUUCGAUUAAUCUCGUUAAAGAUGACGAGAGCGAGGAAUUAUAUUUUUGAAGAAUUUCAAUUUUGGACUGUUUUAUGUUGUUUCGUUGUCCUACGCAAUCGGAGAACUAUUUCUGAAGAAAAAACGCGAAAGAGCGAUACAUUCAUAAUUUAUCCAAUUAAAUCUAUCUCUGGUUUUUCCUUGGAUUUUGUACUCUAUGUUUGGAACAUCCAUAUCCUCUAUGUAUCAAGUACUAUUUUUCAUACUUGGAUAGAAAAUUUCUUUGCAAAACCACUAAUUGUAGGCGAAUUAUGGCAACGACAGCCAAUUGUUUCUUCGAAACUCCAAAUAAAAAAGAUAUAGGUAUAUUAUAUAUAUACACAUAUAACGUUACAACAACUCUGAACGAAUCUUCAGAGUAGCAAACGAUCUGCUUUCAGUCCAGAAGAAAUAUUUUAAGAUGUAGAGAGGACGACUACUGAACAAUUUUUUUUUCUUUUUGUAUUAUCGUACCUCUUAUAAAAAAAACAGCAGUUACAUAGAAAGAGUGUACUGUAAAAUUAACUUGAUUUUUUCCUGGAGACAGAAGCACCCUGGGAUUUCUUCUGGACUACAGCAGAACGUAUACCUUGACCCUUUCGGUGUUGAAAAUAAUUGCUCGUAUUCUGCAUAGAACAAACCACCCACUCACCGGGAGGGUUGAACGUGUUACAUAUACCUAUACAUUGUACGUAUCGUGUGUGCAUGUGCGUGCGUGUACAGUUGUACCAGUAAAUCGUUGACGAUGCAAUUGAGAAAGGAUUGCACAGGGGCGGAUACGGCCUUCCGUGCGCCCGUUGAUCUCCAUCGAGAAUUGUAUUUUUGUAUUCGAAGCGACACAUAAUCUAUAUUUUAAUCGAUCACGAAUCGUAUAUAGAACAGCACGUAAUAACUUAGAGCCAAUUCCACCCUUUGAAGCGAUUCAUUUCUCGGGUUUCGAAUAUUACCAUUCGGUUCUAUUCACCGCAACGUCCUCUCUAUUUUACGUUCGUUCACUCAAAGUGGAGGAACGAAGAGAAAGAGGAAAACGGUUCGAAGGUGUUACUUCGCUCUCUUCUUUCUUCACGUUAAGUGCGUCAUGUGAUGAAUUGAUCACCAUGUAUCGCGUCGAUGCAAUCCUAUUCAAGAUCGGUAACACAAUGAUCUAUGGUAUGUACUGAUUGAUCGUUUGGUUCUAAGGCUAAUCGAAAUACUAACAUCGGAUACAAGCAAAUGCAAGAAUAGAGAUGACAAUAUUUUCGCCAGCGAAUGUUAGGAAUGCUAAUGUUUACUAUGGUGCAAAGUUUAUCGCGUGAACGAUAACGUCAAGAAAGAGUUAAUAAUUUUAAGAGAAAAACAAGACGAAAGCAAAACGCUAAUCACAAAAUAAUUGUUUCACUUGGAAGUUAGUCCAGGGGAUGAAGAACGCGUUUUUAACCCUUGUAUUGGCAGAAGAAUUUUCGAUUCUCUUAGAAUUACGAAAGCAUUUUAGGAGUUCCAAGAUUUAUCCCACGAAACACGAUUACACGUAGACGUUAAGUAGAUGUUAGAGUGUUUGCAUGCAGUUUUAUGCGCAAAAUUCAUGCACGUUGCCUGGAGCAACAUUGCCAAACAAGGUGUUAAAACCGACAGCUCCAUCGUCGCGACUAUCAAAGAAAUUUCUAUAAGCUUCUCCUCUAUCGAUGCAGAGUCGACUCAUUGUCGGAUGGUGUAUUAAUUGAACAAGAUUUUAAACGGUGCAACACGGACUCCGUUAUCGAAGAACGACGAACAGAACUAUUUUGAACGAUUCGAAGCCGUGUGUACAAAUUCUACGCGCUCUUCUCUACGGUUCGACUUAUUUUUAACCGCUUUUACAAUCUUUUUUCCAUCGGCGGAACGGUUAGAGGUUUCCAAGAGACAGUCCGUCGUUCCAUGUGUCCGUCACAGAGGUAUUUUUCUUGCGGAUGAAUCUGGAAAGGAAAGCAUAACGACGACACGUGUCUCUAUUUUCCAAGAAAGUCGUGAACCAGAGCUCUAUCUCGACGAGGCGCUCUCUAGGUUCUUGCAUUCUGUUUUAAUACGCGUUCUUCGGCUCGAUAACAAAAUAGUAUGAAUGAACGAAAUUUUUUGACCACGAACAGAUUAGGGUGAAGUGUUAUUUAGUUAUUUUAGUUUAAUUUUCUUCUCGAAGGGCAAAAUAAGAUGAAGAGCUAGAACUCGAUGAAUGGUGUGUACUUGUGCGUUUGCCUUUCAGUGCUCGAUAUACAUCACUGUAUAUUACAUGUACGAUAGAGCUGUACAUAUAGGAAAGUACAAUAAUUGCCAAAAUAA